GCGUUGAAGAGAGAAGAAGAAAGCAAGAUUAAUGUGAUCGAUGUAGGUGGGCGCCAGUUGGAGAUAGAUCGUAAGAAGGUGGUGUUGGGGAGAGUUGUCUGCAAGAACCACAAAAUAGUUGAAGAAAAUAAUACACUCCUCCUUUUGGCGUGGGGAUGAUGGGAGGUUUCAGCGCCGAAGAUCUGUCCACAAUCGGAGGAAUUGCCACCGUUUCUCUUCUGCAUUCCUUCAUUCCCACCCAUUGGCUGCCUUUCUCCAUCGUCGGUCGCGCCCAGAAGUGGACCCUUUCCCGCACUCUCCUCGUUACUGCAUUCGGAGCAGUUUUGCAUGUAGUGUCCACCUCACUUCUUGGCAUAACGGCGAUCACCAUGGCAAAUACUAUUGCUGGUGAAGAAACAGUGCAUAAACUAGCUUCACUUUUGCUUGUAAUUCUUGGUGGUAGUUAUGUCUUGCUGUUUCUGACUGGAAAGGGUGGUCACAGUCAUUCUCAUAACCAACCCAUGGAGAAAAUGGCUGUUGCUGGGCUUGUCCUCGUUCCUGCAUUGUCACCCUGUGCAACCACACUUCCGGUAUUCCUUGCUGUUGGAAAUUCGUCUUCCAUGAUGGUGCUCGCUAUCAUUGUGCUAUUAUUCAGCACCAUCACUGUGAUGACAUCACUGGUGGCUCUGUCAUUUUAUGGUGCCAGUCAGCUGAAGUUUCAUUGGGUGGAGCGGUACGACAAGCUUCUUGUGGGUUCUGUGUUGUGUUUGGUAGGAAUUUUGACUCUUCUUUUUCAUGAUCAUGAUCAUGAUCAUCAUCAUGGUGGAGUUGGAGGCUCCUCUGGAGAGCCAUUGCAUAGAAAACUAGUUGUUCUAUGAUCAUUUUCCUGGCAAGAGUUGAAGUGGAGAAUGUCUUGAUAUGGAUCUCCAGUAGAACUGGAUGGAAAUUGGUCCAUGUGACACAUGUCUGUAUUGUAAUUGUUCUGUUAAUUUUCUCUGUUCUGAUUCAUACCAUAAUCCUUGUGUGUGUGUGUGUGUGUGUGUGUGUGUGUGGGAUAUUAGUGGUUUUUUUUUUUUUUUUUUUGUAUGUAAUUGUUUUCUUCAAGCCUGGAUGUCCACAUCUUGGUCUCUUUUAGUACAAUUUCUACUCCUUUUUAUAGUUAGAUGUAGUUUCAUAAGUA